AUGGAUGGAGAUUUUCUAGUUCAUGGUGAUCCUGAAAUAUGGAAAACAGCUUACGCGUACGAUGGUAUGAACCUAAUUAAUAGCAUUACAAUGCCAAAGAGCUUCUGGAGUUGUAAUCCUUACCAUAGUUUCUGCAGAGAUGUUUCCGGAACGCCGGGAGAUAAUCAAUACCUAGUCGAUUUUGGGGAUGACCUGCUUAAAGGACACGAUAUUUUUAUGCCACCAUUGUUCUCAGAUUACGAAGAAUCUAAUGAUCUUAUGACUGGUUUGGUAUCUAAUACGAAAGAUUCAGUGAUUACCAGUGAUUCCCUAAAAGAUGCAGUGCCAGUCGAUUUAAAAGCAUUAGAUCUCAAUAAUCUUAGAAACCACGAAAUUAAGCCCGGAACGACCUCGGUCAGCAAGGAUGCCAAAAAUGUAACACUAGAUUCCAAGACAAUCACACUGCAAAAUAAUCCAGUAGUUUUUGAUAAUGCGUUCAAACUGCGUCCAAUUAUUAACAAAAAGUAUGAAGAUAAAGAAGAGAAUCGGAAAAUGGUCAAUAGCAUCGAGGGUAGUGAAAGAAAACUGAAAAUUGCUGACUUAGCGUCGUCUCGUAAUAUUCAAUCUCCCAUGCCAGAAAGUAGAGAUCUAGAUAAUGCAUACAUUUCUCAUCCUUUAAAUGAAAUCAAGCGCAGUAAGCACGAAAACGAGCAACUCAAAAUCGCUAAAUCAGACAUAGCUACCAAAGCAAAGAGGAAAAAGCCGAAGGUGGAGCAAGUCUCCGCUCUGAUACCGACGAGUAAAAAUAUCAAGAUUAAUAAUUUGAUUGAAUCGGAUAGUGAAAGUCAAAGAAAGGCCUUUGCAAAACACAUAUCGAUUGGGAAGGAAAAUUGGCCGCCGAAAAAAAAUAAGAAAAAAAUUGUUAAUAUGGGCUGUGAAAUUAAACAAGCGAAAGGGAAACGAUGCAGUGUAGUGCGAACUCCAAAUGAUCUCAUAAAGUACACAGUGGGGAAUUCAGCUAUGAAUGCUUGCGAGAUACAUAGCUCGAAAGAAAGUCAGGAAAAAAAACAUCAUCAAAGGUCAGCGAACAAAAAUUCUGGCUCCAAUCUUGCAUGUGGUUCUGAAGUUAAAAAGAGCCUACGACGCGAAAGAAAUAGAAUUCACAGUCGUAACCAUCGUAUAAAGAAAAAGAUGCAGUUUCAAACUUUAGCUGAAGAUAAUCAUAGACUGCAAAUUUUGCAUAAGGCAAUGAGAACUCAGUAUGAAAAAUUCUUAGCUCAGCUAAAAGUCACUACUGAAUUAUUAAUGAAGGAAACCAGAAAUAAUAAAAAUGUGACUCAUCUCAAAACGGCACACGACACAGCUCGAAAAUUAAGGACUGAGAUUGGAAUUCAAAUCGAAUGUCUCCGUAAUCAGUAUAACGUUUAG